AUGACUACAUCCUGGGUUAUACUGUUCGUCAAAACUUGUCGCCGAAUCCAAAUUAAGACUCCCUACGGUCUAAGUGCUGGCGAUCUCGAAGCGGCGAAAAUGCUCCUAUGCCGACUGGUUCAGGGCGAAUCCUUCCCCGAAGAAAUUCAGCACAUACGCGAUGGACAAGACAUAACGCGGCACAGCUCGUUGCUGCAAUUGCUGCCAUACCUAGACGAGGAUGGCGUACUGCGUGCUCGCGGCCGCAUUGAUGCCGCCAGCUGGCUUCCGAUCUGCACGAGGCGCCCCAUAAUACUGCCACCCACUCACGCGUAUACGAAGUUAGUCACAACACAUCAUCACGUUCUCAUGGGCCAUCAAAAUUCUGAAGCUACUAUAUGCGCCAUCCGCCGCGUUUACUGGGUACCUCGGCUAAGGACGCUCCUACGCAACGUCAUCGCCAGCUGUAAUGUGUGCCGCCUCCGUAAGGCGACACCGGUUCCGGCACUAAUGGGGCCGCUUCCCAUCGAUAGACUCACGCCUCACGUAAGCGCAUUUACAUACACUGGCAUGGACUAUUUUGGACCCCUCAAUGUAACAGUAUGGCGCAGCACCGAAAAGCGGUGGGUGACACUUUUCACCUGUCUUACCACACGAUCAGUGCACUUGGAAAUGGCACACGACUUGAGCACUGGCUCCUGCAUCAUCGUCCUUCGCAACUUUGUUAACCGCAGAGGAGUGCCUGUGAGGUUGAGAUCCGAUAACGGGAAAAACUUCGUUGGCGCCAAUAAUGAAGCCAAAAGAUUUACUGAAGUUUUCGACUGCGAGCGUGUGCAGGGUGAAUUGUCGCAACGAGGCAUCGAUUGGGUAUUUAACUCACCGUUUAACCCAGCUGAAGGAGGCGCCUGGGAAAGGAUGGUGCAGUGCGUUAAGCGAGUGUUGCGUCAAACGCUCAAAGAAGUCGUCCCACGUGUGCACACACUCAAUUGCUUCCUGCUCGAGGCGGAAAACGUCGUCAACUCCCGGCCUCUCACGCACCUGCCCAUCUCUCCCAACCAAGAGCAGCCGUUAACGCCGAACGAUUUCCUGCUGGGGUCAGCCAAUGCUGCGCAUACGCCCAGUGUGACCGAAAUACCAUUCAAACCCCCUGCUAUACGUCAGCAGUGGCGUAUCGCUCGUCAACUCAGAGACCAUUUCUGGAAGAGAUGGGUGCUGGAGUAUCUCCCGACCCUAACACGUCGUGAGAAGUGGUGUCAACCAACAAAACCGUUGAAGGAAGGGGACUUAGUAUUCCUGUGUGACCCUAACGUUCCAAGAAGGCAGUGGUGUCGAGGCGUGGUGGAGCAGUUGUAUCCUGUGGUGUCAACCAACAAAACCGUUGAAGGAAGGGGACUUAGUAUUCCUGUGCGACCCUAA